GAAAAUAGAUCAAUUAUGUUUGGGGCAAAAAUCUUUCUUUUGAUAGACAAUAUUUGUUGCACUCACAGUCCAAUAUGUUUGCUUUUUCUCUUCUGCAGCAUUUUAAAGGAGUGCAAGGAUGUGGAGCUCUCAUUCAGUGAUAUGACUGUUAAGUCUGAUUUCUUUAAGGGCACCAAGAAGGGAACAUUGUACUUGACGCCUUACAGGAUGAUCUUUCUGUCAAAAGGGACUAACUUUAUGCAGUCAUUUAUGAUGCCCUUUUACCUUGUGAAAGACUGUUCUAUUGAGCAACCUGUUUUCUCUGCUAAUUAUAUCAAGGGGACUAUUCGGGCAGAACCCGGAGGUGGUUGGGAAGGACAGGCCUCAUUCAAAUUGGUUUUUAACAGCGGCGGAGCCAUUGAAUUUGGACAACUGAUGUUCAAAGUUGCUCAACAAGCCUCCAGGGGUACUCCUGUACAGAAUGCUGCUUAUGGAUAUGCACCAAUGGCUGACAUGGCUUUUGGAUUUGCCCCAGCAAAUGGUCCAUACCCCUAUCAGCCAUCUCCUAUGAAUGGAGGUUAUGGGCCUCCACCUACACCAAUGGGAUACCAGUAUGGUCCUCCACCAGGUGCCUAUCCUUCUGCUCCUGCAAUGGACAUGUAUGCACCACCUCCGCCUCCCUAUCCUGGACCACCUCCAGUCAGUGUGGUUGACCCUGGAUUGCCUGGUGGAGCUAAAGCAGCAGAAGCAGCUUCUAGUGCUUACUACAAUCCGUCCAAUCCUCACAGUGUGUAUAUGCCAAUGGAUCAGCCCCCACCAUACACUCCAGCGGAGGAGAAGAAGAACAAUUGAAUCUGUUUGAAGUGCUGAUUCUCCCAGUCGUUUGUGAAUUGUCUACUUUCUUAAAAACACUGUUAUUAGAAGCUGCAUUUUUUUAUUCAAAGUGAGCUACUUCCUAGCCUCAUUCCAGCAUCCAGCAGCAAAAUGCAUCUUGGACUGCAAGUCCCUUUUUGAUAUCUUUGUUCUUAGGCAAUAGGAAUGAUUUGGGUGAAGUCCUACAACGAUCUUUUCCACUAGGAAGACUUAGAAUUCCUAUUGCCUUUUUGAAAGCAAAAGUAUUCACUUAACAUGACCAGUUUGCAAUUUUGGGGUAUUGCUGGUGUUCAGUAGCUAUCUGGAGCCAGCAGUUAGCAAGUGUUGAUGAAUUUCAUCCUUUAAACAAUGCAAAAAUGCAACUUGUAAUGACAGUAUAGUAUUGAAAAUAUUCUAAGAGUUUAAUUAAAGAAAUUACUUUGUGAUGCAAGUGAAUGAACAGAUCCCUGCAAAAUUACUUUGCUAUUUUAAAUAACGCCACUGUAAAAAUAGUCACUUUGUCAUGAUGCUGUUUGGCACGUAAUUGUACAGCAUCAUAUCUAGGCUUUAGAAUUUUUUGGUAUGGAAAGGUUGGAAUGAUGUAAAAUCUGUUUUUAAACUCUAUAUAAAAUCUCUUCUGUAAGAAAAUAACUUAGAUAACCUUGUUAGGAAUGUUGCUGAGGAAUGCUUUAUAGGUUUGGUGGUUAGAGAAAGGAAGUUUGUCCCCUGUAUCAUUUGAAUGAGCUACUUUUCUUAAAAACAAACUUAAGGGGAAUGGGGAAAAAAAAUCAGAUUCUCAUGUUUCUAGACACUCAAACCUGAUCUGGGUUUGAUCCAGUACAAUGGAUUUUGUGUUAACUUGAUAUAAUUUUGGCCUGAAGCUGUGCAAUACAAAGAUCGUAGCAAGAAGAAAGAUAUUGAAGUAUAAGCAUUUGAAACCUAUGUAAUAGAGUUUACAGUAUUGUGCUUUGGCUAUUUAGCUAAAGAGUGAUGCACUGUAAAUAUACUUAAACCAAUACACUAUGCUGUUUGUUACUUUGGAUGGUCUCCACCACAACCCAUCUCUGACCCUUUUUUAAUGAUCAAUCCUUUGCCCUGUGUUUAAAAGCAGUUCUAAAUGCUGCCUUCAACCACAAGAUUUGAAAUCACAAUUUAAUAAUUUGGUUGUUGUUUUUUUUUUUUGCCACAGUUCCUGUGAUAUAAUUGAAGAUUUGUACUCCAAGUUGACAAGUAUUAAGCUCCUCCUAUCGCUCCUCGGCACAUGCUCUUUCAUUGAUUGGACCUUGUAUUCACUUUUUUUAAAAAGCUCUCUGGCAUGUAGUGGCUUCUCUUUAUUUGUGUGUUUUUUUUUUGAGGAUACUAGAAAGAGCAUUUGCCCAUUUUUAAGACCAAACUAAUCCCUAACUACUUGUUUCUCCUAUUUAUUGGAAUCAAAGAUGUCAACUGUACAACAAUCUACCGUUCUAAAAGAAACAUUUAUGCACUUACUGAUAUCCCAGUUCCCCUGCAAUGUGCUUGAAUCUUUAAAAGUACCAGUCGAGACAAGCAGGGUACCAGCAUGAUGUGUUGCAUAAAUUUAAUUAACUUGCUGAGUCGAAUCCAGGAGUGAUGGAAUUGCUUCUUUUGUUUCAUUCUGUCUUAUUUGCUCUUCUAAAUAACCUAAUCCAUCUUUUGCUUCAGCCUUUAUGAUUCUCCUUCUUGUCAAUUGACAAGCUGUGGUGGAAAAAGUACUCCAUUCCCAGAUGUUAGACCAUUUGAGAAGACAAGCUGAAAGUCAUUCAAAUGCUUGACUCUCAGAUUGGGACUGCCCGAGUUUAACUCCUUGGUUUAUCACACAGAUUUUGUUUGACUCACUUAGUAAUGAGGCCUCCAAAUGAUAGGAGAUCUUGUUUGUUGACAUUGGCCAAUUACAGGCCAAACCCAAAGAUGGUUGUAUAGAAAUCAGCAGCAAAUCAACUGCUGUUCCAUGUAGUUAACCAGCUCUGAUUUUCCAGCUGUCUGUUUUAAUUCCACUUCAGAGAAUCCCACUUGUAGCCAAAUGCCCUCUUUGAAUUUCUAUAGUGCAUGAAAGGCUGGUGCAGGUCAUUCAGAAAGAAAUCCAGUGAAAUUAAUAGAGGAUUGAUUGAAUUCAGGUAAGUGAUUUUAUAGUGACAAUAAUCAUCCCAAGAGCAAUGUAAUUAAUGGUGAUUAAUUUUAUUGUAACUUUGUUAUCUUUCACUACAAUAAAUCAUAUAAUGUAAUGGGUUGUGGCAUUAAAGCAAAUGGGCUUGGUGCAUGGCUUUUAAUGAACUGCAAAUGCUAAUAACUUAUUUAAUGUUAAAUGUUUCUCCACUGCAUUUUUUUUGACAAGUCAGAUUACAUACUGCAGGGCUAUCCUCUUAAACUUUAAUUUUAAUGAUCUGAAAGUAUUUAUAAGUUAUAUUUUCACUGAAAGCAAUGAGUCAGUGCAGCAAAGUCUGACUCUACUGCAUUCAUUCCAAGGGCUACUCUACUUUUGUCCACAGUAUGCACUUCUACUUCUAAUGUCAUCCUAUCGAUGAAGAAAACAAUGUGUGAAAAAGCAAUUAGAUCUGUUUAAAAGCUUCAACUGGAUAAACACCUAUAAUCAAACCAAAGUUCAGUGCUGCAUUGAUUGUUUAAAAUUAGGUGCUGUAAGCAAUGGGCUCUGGAGCAGAUGACAGCAUUUUGAUUUGAUGUCGGUUGAUUCUUUUAAAGUCACAUCCUGUAUUUAAAAAUAAUGAAGGAUCCUUUUUGGCAGUGAUGUUUUGCCUUGAUGUUUUGCCUAUUUAUAUGAUCAAAUGUCUGCUGUAUGAAGAUGGUACCUCUUCUAAAACAUCACACCAGAACACAUGCUAACCUUCCAUGAUACUGUCCUCUCCGAUUUAAUGUGGGUCUGUAAAGCAUCUCCAUGGAUAGAACAACUUUUAUUUCCAAAAUUCCCGUUGUGAUAGUAAGUAAGAGACAUUAGCUAAAUUUACACAUCAUUAAUCAGAUUAGUUUAAUGAAUUCAAGCAUGUGGGCACACUCUGCAGUUUUUAACCAGAACUUAUAGAAGGACUCUGCUUUUAUUUUUAACCAAAGCAAUUAAUUUAGGAUGGGGAGCUAAGAAUGAAAGGGUAGAUAUUGUCUUGUCUGUGAAUUUGAGGAGCUUGAUGUGAUCUUGAGUUUGUAGGCUUCAGUGACUUUCAUGACCAUUUAAGAGGGAAGUGUUUUAAAUGUUAUAUUUCACUGUUUUCUCUCAUGCAUUGCAAGUAACAGUAUAGCAGGAAAUUUGGAUAAUGCCAUGUUGAAAAUGCUUUGAUUUGCAUCCUAUUUACACUGGCUUUCGAGUUGUUCUGCCUACUCAAUACAGAGGUCUGGCCUCCAGCUGAGGCUUCGAUGGAAGAGGAACACUGCUGCAAAUUAAGUACAGACCCUCAUGCCAGCACCAAAACAGAAAUGUCUCUUUGAGGACUGUUUCAACUAUUUGCUGCCACUUUAACACCAAAAUGGUGGAAAUGGGGCUUUCUGGGGGAUUGUUUAAAAUUCUCAGCAUAUAAACAAAAUAACCUGGCCUUGAAAGAUUGGAGUGAAGGGAAAUUCCAGUAGCUCUUUUAGAAGUUGAUUGCUUCCAAUGAUCUAUUUUUCCCACAUUACACUUGGUUUUCUGCAAUUUGUUUCAGUGAGGAGGGUGGGGCAGAGGUUGCACAGUUAGGGUUAGGAUGAGCAAACUUUUAUCACAUACAUUGACAAUAUUUUAUAAUCUUAACUAAGAGAAACAUUUGAGUGUUAAAAUGGAGGUAUGUAAAAUAGUUGAUAGUCCUGAAUACUAUAGGAAAAAACUAGAAAAUUCAAUAGUGCUCUUAAAAUAGGAAGUAAAUUUGUACAACACUCUGUUUAUACUCCCUCCUUUCCUUCUCUGUACUAUCUUUCUUUUGAAGUACUGAAAUUCUAUGGACAGCUACUUUGGAAAAGCUGAUUUUACUUUUCAUCUGCUGAUUUGAGUCUUAAACAAAAGACUUUGUGGGAAUUAAUCUUGGAGCUGAUAAGAACAACAAAAAGAAUAACUGGUUCUGAUUCUUCAGAAUGGAAAGACAGUGACAUUUGUAUAUACCUCUUGUAUUAAGUGCAAGUUGUGAUGAAGCAAAUAAGAGAUCAGCUUUAAGAUAACCUUUCUUAUAUUUGAACUGGAUAAAAAUGCGCCAAUUAAAUUAUAGAUUCUGGGAGCAUAAUAAACUACUUUUUGUUUAGCCCAUACUUUUGUAUUAAUUGGAGAAUUGAUAACUGCUAGAUUUAUAAAAUGUGUUAAUUGUGUACAAGUCUGUAUGUAUGCUUCAGCAAAGCUUUACAACUUGUUAAUAAAUGCACCUAAGAGAAA